AUGGAAGAAACGCUGGUGUACGUGCUGUGGGCUCUCGACAACCCGGGGUACGAUCGGAUCCUCGCGGAGAUAAGCACUUGCUUGCUCAGUCUAGAGGGACUCUUGGCACAGGUUUUACACCGGGACCAGGUAUUGGAGAAGAUCACCGAUCAGAUGGCGGGCCGAACACAGGCGGCGACUCGCGGAAACAGUCGACCUCAGCCGCCUCCAUAUUCCGCGUUGUGUGCGUUUCAAGAGGGGACUAUCCUUCGUAUCGUGGAUGGCAGCCAUCUUGACGUCCACAAGAACUACGAGCAGGGUAGAGCUGUCGAAUGCCAGAUUCCGCGUGGAUGGGGAUUACUAUGGCAUGGUCUAUCCGUACACGGCGGCGACGGUUGUACUGCUGCAUGGCUUGCUCGUCUCCACAUCUUUCUCCGUGCGCUUGGUUGUCCGCAGGCGGCAACGGGAAAAAUAGACUUGGUCGACUGA